AGUAGAAUCGAAUUUCUCCGCCCACAUCUUUCCCAGUAUUAUUGGUCUCACUCGUUGACAGCUACUAAUACUUCCUCCCUAUAAUCUAUAUAAUCUCCAUCUACAAUGAAAUUCCCUUUAAUUAAUUGUUAAGGUUCUCCUCCUUCGCCUCAAUAAAUCAUCAAUUCACCCGAAAAUAAAGAAAGAAACUCCAUACUGGAUAUAUCCAUGUUUGUUGUGAAUCUGUUGUUGAUAUUGUUCUCGAUUAUCUGCUCGAUUUUUCUGGUGCGGUGGUUUCUGCACCGGACCGCUCUCAUUUACGCCGUGAGGAAAUGGGUUGAAUGGGCUGGAGACCGAGUUCACGUGCAUCAGCACUUCAAAGUCCCUGAGUUGAUCGAUUCCACCCAGCAGCAGAACCUCUUCUACCGCCGAGUUUCGCUCUACCUCAGUUCUCUGCCUUCAUUAGAGGACUCCGAUUUCACCAACCUCUUCAACGGGAAAAAUCCAAACGACAUCGUUCUGUCGGUCGACGACAAUCAGGCGAUCCAAGACGUUUUCCUCGGCGCCCGAGUUUCGUGGCUCAAUCAAGUGGAGAGAGAUCGCGGCAAUCAGAUUGUUCGCCGGAGCUUCGUGCUGAGGAUUAAGAAGAAGGAUAAGCGGAGAAUUCUGAAACCCUACCUUCAACACAUCCACGCAGUCUCCGACGACAUCGAGCAGAGGGGGACAGAAUUGAAGAUUCACAACCACUGCGACGCCAGGUGGAAGUCGGUUCCGUUCAACCACCCCGCCAAUUUCGACGCGCUCGUGCUCGAUCCGGAUCUGAAAGCCAAAAUUCGCCACGAUUUGGAAACGUUUCUGAAAUCGAAACAGUACUACCACAAGCUAGGCCGCGUUUGGAAACGCAGUUAUCUCCUCUACGGCCCUUCCGGCACCGGGAAAUCCAGUUUCAUCGCCGCUACGGCGAAUCUCCUCAACUACGACGUUUACUACGUCAAUCUAUCGCAAGUGGCCGACGAGGCGGAUCUGAACUCGCUUCUGUUGCAAACCACGAGCAAGUCUGUGAUCGUCGUCGAGGAUUUGGAUCGUUACGUCUCAGAGAGGUCAAACGCGCGGAUUACGUCAUCCGGUUUGCUGAAUUUUAUGGAUGGGCUAUUGAAUUCGCAGGACGAGAGGAUUUUCAUUUUCACGAUGAACAACAAAGACGGAAUUGGAAUCGAUCCUGCUCUGCUCCGGCCGGGGAGAAUCGAUAUGCACAUUCACUUCCCCAUGUGUGAUUUCGUCUCUUUCAAAAAUUUGGCAAACAACUAUCUAGGAGUUAAGGAGCAUAAAUUGUUUCCUCAAGUGGAGGAGAUUUUCCAGAGCGGAGCUAAGAUGAGCGCGGCGGAGAUCAGUGAAUUGAUGUUGGUGAACCGGUCUUCGCCAAGCCGCGCCUUGAAGUCAGUCAUCUCCGCCUUACAAUCGAACAGCAAGAGCGGGGUCAAAGUUGCGACGCGGCUGAGCGACAGUUCGGCGUCGUCUCCAGCGCCGCCGUCUAUCGCGGAGGAAGGCGGUGGCGCCGCCUGGAAGGAAACAAUGCCUAAGGAAUUCCGAAAGUUGUAUGGACUGUUAAGGCUGAAGAGCAGCAAGAGACCUGGAUCGUUCGAUCAAGAUGAAUGUGAACGGUGACAGAUGUCAAACUAUACGAGCAUUAACGAAUAGAAUUUUCUCCUUCUUUAUAUUCUAUAUACAUUAAAGUUUGUAAUUUGUGUAUAGAUUGGAUUUUGAUUUAUUUCAUGUUUUUUUACCAUUCGUGCAA